AUGCAGAAUGAUCCUGAAUUUUCUCCAGAUCAUAAUAUGUUCCUCGCGUUCGAGGAAAUUUAUUGUAUCAUAAAGUCUAUAGUUCAGCAGCUAAAAAGCCAUACUACACCGCUAUCUACAGAGAAGUCUAGAUUAAAUUUACCUCCUAUUAAUUUAAAAACGUUUGAUGGAGAAUUAAAAAAUUGGCCAUCAUUUUUUGAAUGUUUUAAUAACGCAGUACAUAAUAACACAAAUUUAAGUAAGUCCGAUAAGGUAUUUUAUCUGUCGGGUAUUCUUUCAAAGUCCGCGUUAACCGCUAUUUCUGGUAUACCGCCUACCGCAGAUAAUUACGAUUUAAUAUAUUCUACGCUGGUUGACAAAUACCAGGACAUCCGCACGCUUGCAUGUACAUAUUUACAACAAAUUAUAAGUUUAAAGCCGUUGACCACAGCCUCCGCUGAUGGUUUAAAUGUUUUCUUAGAUAAAUUUGCAGCAUCUGUAUGUGCAUUCGACAGAUUAAAUAUUUCAAACAAAAAAGAUUUUAUUUUUCUAUUUUUAGCAUUACAAAAGUUAGAUAAAGAAACUAUUCGUAACUUUGAACUUUAUGUUAGAAGUGAAAAAUUACCCACUUAUGAAUCUUUAGUUAAGUUUAUAAAGGAACAAGUAAAAAUUAUAGAACGUUCUUCUUCGAAUACUUUUAAUACUCAACCCACUAGUAAAAACUCAUAUAGUAAAAGUUCUUCGCACUUCGCACCUAAACCGGUUAAUAAUGUUAAGCACACUAAAUCCUUUAUUACUUCCGAAUCAAAUAAUAAUUGUUGUCCAUUGCGCUUAAAAAUAGGUCACGAACAAUUUUAUCGCUGCCCUAAAUUUCUUAAAUUAACACCUAAAGAACGCUAUAAUAUUGUUAAAGAAAACAAUAGUUGCUGCAACUGCUUAAGUUUUAAUCAUAAAACAUUUUUAUGUAAAUCAAAUAAAUCUUGUAGUAUCUGUGGAUCUAAAACGCAUCACACUCUUUUACAUUUUCAUAAAAAUCUAACCUCGAGUCCCGCCUCAGGAAUCGAACCCCGACUCACCGCGGAACAAAACCCCGCUACGCACGCACCGCACACCGCUGAGUCAUCGGGCGCGACAAAUUACUCGCCUGCCAUAGCUAGCUCGUACGACGCGUCUCAUACAAUGCAACCGCUAUCAAUGUGUUCGAAUACGUUGUUGAGUUUACGCGACGCGCACACCGUGUUACUUGCUACGGCGCGCAUUGUCUUGCGCACCAGUGACGGUUACGAAUAUAUCGCUCGCGCUCUGAUUGAUAACGGAUCUAUGAAUGACUUUGUUACUAUUAAUCUUUGUAAGAAAUUAUCAUUAAAAAUUAAUUCACUUCCUGAGAAAGUUACUGUAAACGGGUUUGGUGGUUCUUCUAAGGAGGUUAAGGGACAAACAAAUAUAAAAUUUUACUCGCGUUUUGAUCGCAAUAUUUCUUUUAAUUUACAACCACUUGUUGUGGAAAAUAUUACGGACCGCAUUCCUACGUUACCUAUUGAUAGGUCGAUGUUAGCAUAUCUUUCCCGCACGCCGCUUGCUGAUGAUACAUUCUCUGAUCCCGGUGAGGUCGAGAUGUUGAUUGGCGCUAAGUUAUUUACCCGCUUACUGCUGCCUGGCCGCGUCCAUGGACCUCCAGGUACCCCUACGGGGAUUCAAACUCCACUUGGAUUUAUUUUAAUGGGCGAUGCUCCUGUUAAGUGUCGUUCCCACCGCACCGCCGCUCCGCCCUGUCAUACGUUGUGUGCGUUUACGGGCCAGCCGUUAGAUGUACUGAUGAGAAGUUUUUGGGAAACUGAAGAAGUUUCCACUCCUCGCUCCGCCUUGCUUAGUCAUGAGGAGAAAGUAUGUGAAGAUCUAUAUAAGUCUUCAACUACCCGCGAAGCAACAGGUACUUAUGUUGUUUCUCUGCCAUUUAAAACUAACCCCUCAGCUUUGGGUGACUCAAUGCAGAGUUCUAAAAGUAGAUUUUUUGCUUUGGAGAAACGUUUUUUGCGCGAUCCAAAUUACCGCUCCGCUUACAAUAAUAUUAUUACUGAUUAUUGUGAUAAGGAUUACAUUUCUCCGAUAUCCGCAGACAGUAAGCUUCCUUCAUUAACUUACGUCAUUCCGCAUCACGGUGUAAUACGUGAAGAUAAAAUUACUACGAAAAUCCGCAUGGUCUUGGACGCUAGUGCACGUACUGAUACAGGGGUGUCACUAAAUGACAUUUUAUUUUCCGGACCAAAUUUGCAAGCAGACUUGUUUAUAAUUUUGCUUAAUUUCCGCUUACUUCCAAUCGCACUGUGCGCUGAUGUCGAGCAAAUGUAUUUGCGUAUAAAGGUACAUCCACAGUUUUAUAAAUUUCAACAAAUACUUUAUCGCUUCAACACUUCUGAUCCUAUUCAGUUGUUUGAAUUUAAACGUGUUUGCUUCGGACUGACUUCCAGUCCAUUCCUAGCACUCCGCACGCUGCGACAACUCGCAGACGACGAGAAAAAUAAUUUUCCACUCGCCUCUGAAGUGAUUAAUGGUGGUUUUUUCUUCAUGGAUGACAUUUGUUGUUCCAUAAAUGAUGUGCACUCUGCGCAGAAGGUAGCCUCGCAACUUAUUAAUAUGUUCGCUGCUGGAGGUUUCAAGCUCCAUAAGUGGUUAAGUAACUCGCCCGAAGUGCUCUCUUCUCUUCCGCAAAACCGUUUGCAUCCACAAUCACUCAAUUUUGCUUCAACCACAACACAAAAGGUUUUAGGUGUAACAUGGGAGCCUCAUGAAGAUAAUUUUAAUUUUUUCAUUCGCUCCGCUGAGGUACCAUGUACUAAGCGAAAUAUGCUGUCUGUUAUAGCCCGUUUAUGGGAUGUAAUGGGUUUCGCUGCUCCUUUAAUUAUGUUUGCUAAGCUCCUAAUUAAAGAGCUUUGGUUAAUAAAGCUGGAUUGGGACGACGAGCCUCCAUCGCAUAUCCAAACCCAAUGGUCAAGGUUCCAAAGUGAACUUCCACUUUUGUCAAACUUAUCCCUCCCGCGUCACGUUGGUGUGAGUCAUGGUUGCAACGCUGCACUCUUAGGGUUCUCAGAUGCUUCUGAGAUGGGUUAUGGAGCUGCACUUUAUGUUCGCGUACAAUCUGAAGACGGAGUUUCUGUACGCCUAUUGUGCGCAAAGUCAAAGGUUGCACCUGUUCAAACGAUAAGUCUGGCUAGAGCACGCCCUAAGCCUGCUCAGCCGCCGGUUAUGGCUAACUUACCCACCUGCCGCUUAAAAAUAUCCAAACCUUUUGCGCACACCGGUGUUGAUUACGGUGGACCGCUUAUGAUCACUUUGACUAGGAGACGUGGUAUAAAAAGCCAAAAGGCUUAUUUAUGCGCUUUCGUGUGCCUGACUACUCGUGCAGUGCAUAUCGAGGUUGCCACCGAUUUAAGUACCGACGCUUUUUUGAAUGCUUUCAAACGGUUUAUUUCUCGUCGCGGUCCUGUCGAAAGGAUUUAUUCGGAUCAUGGUACAAAUUUCGUUGGUGCAAAAUCAUAUUUAACAGAAAUUCAGCAUUUUUUGAAGUCUAACGCUUUCAGUGAAGAUUUUAAAACAGAAUUAGCUAAAAAUCGCAUUUCUUGGGAAAUGAUUCCACCUAACGCUCCCCACUUCGGUGGUGGAUGGGAAGCGACCAUUAAAUCUUUUAAAACGCAUCUUUUUCGAAUGAUUGGUUCGCAGAUCCUUACUUACGAAGAGCUCUUAACCGUACUCUGCCAGAUCGAGGCAAUUCUUAAUUCAAGGCCGUUAGGAAUACUCAGUGAAGAUCCUGCGGAACCUUUACCUCUUACCCCUGCACAUUUUUUAAACACGACGCCUUUGGCUUAUCUUCCAUCACCUAACGUGGAAAAGGAUAAACCAAAUUUACUAUCGCGCUUUAUGCUGCUUGACGGACUGGUCCGUUCCUAUUGGCGAAGGUGGAGUGAUGAAUAUUUACACACGCUCCAGAUUCGGCAAAAAUGGAAUACGGAUGUACCGAAGGUGUAUAAGGGAAUGAUAGUGCUGAUUAUGCGAGAUAAUAGCCCUCCACUGCAUUGGCCAUUAGGCAUUAUAAGUGAGACGAUUGAAGGUAAAGACGGUCACGUUAGGAUAGCUUUAGUUAAAACUAAAACUGGUACAUUGAAACGCCCUAUUGUUCGCCUCUGUCCUUUACCCAAUAUUUACUAA